AUGUGCCUGCACUGUUUAGGGGACGACACUACCCACGUCAACCCCGAAGGACCAAGACGGCCACAUCCUUCAGAUGUCACCAAUAGGCAGUCCUUAGCAAAACGUGUUCAGAAUAUGAAAAACCUAAGGAAAGAGAAGAGGAAACUCAAUAAAAAGUUUACAAAGGCUGCUCCCAUUCCAGAACCAGGGCUCAUAGUAAGUAUGAAGACAUCAUGA